UUGGUACCCAAUGAGCACGCAUCAACAUUCAAUACCUGAAACCGUUUUGACUACAAACACAUCUCAUUCAAAGAUUACAUUAAAACCUCUUCCUCCUACACGAUUAUCCACAAAUUCAGCAGAAACGCUUGAAAACGUUUCUUUAGAAGGAGAUGAAAAUGAACAAACAACAUUAAUAAAGGAAAGUAAUGGAGUACCUCCAAAAGCAGCCAAAGUUGGCAUACCAUCAUCAACAUCCAUAACGGACCAAGAAGAGUCAAAUAAUCAUAAAAAGUCCAAGUCAUUGUUAGGACGGUCACUUUCUUUUCUAAAUCGUAAAGAGGAAAACCAAUUAGUAAAAAUACAUAAAUAUACAAUUUAUGAUAAUGAAAGAGAAGAAUUUAUUGAAAUUGUAGAAGAAGAAUGGGAAGGUGACGGACCACCACCACGACAUUCUAUGUCUUCACAACGUAGAAGUACGAUUAUUGUUGAUAAGGAAUUGCCAAGUUUGCCAGAACCAAUUCCCAAUAAAGAAGAAAAACGAUUAAAAAAAUUUCAUAAAUGGGUAGAAAAUAAAUGGCUUCGACAUAAAAGAAUAAAUUUAAUCAUUUUAGGGGUUAUUGUAUUAUUACUUUUCAUUCUUGUCAUCCUUGCCGUUGCUGGAGCUGAUUCACAAGGUGCAGAGGUUGGAGAAUUCCCUUCUGAGCAACAGAAGAUGGAGAGAUGA